UCGACAUCAAGUUCAACGCCAGUAUUUAGGCGCCGGUAUCCAGGGGACCGCUUCAGUGGGCACGUGAGCAGCGUCGCAGCGACAAUGACUAACAGACCGCCUUUGUUUGCCAUCCAGGUUGAGCAGUGUUUUCACCAAGUCUUCAGCAAGCGAUGAAACAAAUGCCAGCGCCAUGAGGCGGCAGUCGCGGCGUUUCCAACGAAAGGACAUCGACAAAAGCUGGGGCAUUGCAGCUGCGGCAGCUAUCGCAUCCUUCUUCAACAUGGCGACACAGAUAAACUCAGGCUUCUACUUCGUCGCCAUCAUGGACACUUUCGCCGUCGACUUCACGGAUGCUUCCUGGCCAGGGAGCGUAUUCACAAUAAUGAUAUACUCAGGAAGCUUCGUCGUGGUGCUGCUCCAAAAGUACCUCACCGUGCACCAGAUAACCCUUUUCGGCAGCCUGUUGCUCUGGGUGCCGUUGAUUGGUGCAGCCUUCGCUCCCAACAUCACGUGCAUGACAAUUACCCUCGGUGCUCUACAUGGAGCGGGCGCUGGGAUUGUCCUGGUGGGCCUGAUGGUCAUCCUGGGCAUGCACUUCGACAAGUACCUGGGUGCAGCCAGCGGCAUCCGGGAUGCAGGAACCACAGUGUGCGCCUUCGCAUUUCCCUCGCUGCUCUCCUUUCUGAGCGAGAAGUACGGCCUUCGCGGAACCCUCUUCAUUUACAGUGCUCUGGCCAUGCACGUCAUGGCUGUGGCGUUUUGGCUUUGGAUGCGAGCGCGAGUGGAAAAAAAGAAUGAAGCUUAUCGAAGGGCAUCGUUCAAGAUAGCCGCUCGUCAAUCGUGCAUUUCACAAUGGGCCCUCGGUACUCAUCGAGCGGACUCCGUAACUUCUGCGAGUGACAUCCGUACAGACAAAGGCGUUGCAGUUUCAAAGCACAGUCUGGAACGAGCAAUUCUACCACCCUACACGCUACCACCGACAAUUCCUGAAGACAUAGAGGAUGAAGAAGAGCCACUGCCUUUCCUUGAAAAAUUUUCUAUCUUGAAGGCGCCAAGCUUAUAUGUAGUCGUUAUCGGUGCAGUGGUAGAGAUCUACGGCUACAACGUCUUCCUAGAGACAAUCGACAGCUACGCAGUUGAUAAGGGGGCUCCACAGUCUGACGCCGACAUGGCGGUUACCUACGCCACCAUGCUGGAAAUUAUUGGCUACGUCGCGCUUCCCCUCGUAGCCGAUAUGGGCUUCGUGGGCCGCCCGACCAUGGCAGCCGCGUGCUUUGUGCUCACGGCGCUCUUCUACGGUAUGGUGCCACAUGCCGGGUGGUCGGUGCCGUACUUGGCCGUUGACGCCAUCCUUGUGAUGUUCGUAGCCACGACAAGCUCGCUACGCUGCUCUAUAAUGACGGAGUUCUUCGGUGCCGACCAAGUUCCGGUGUGCAUGGCAGCGUCUGGCUUGCUUCUUAUCCCUGUGCAACUGUGCAGCCCAUCAGUCAUUGGGUACUUCCGUGACGAUCUGGGCUCGUACGACGGCAUGUACCAGCUUCUAGCAGCACUCAAUCUCCUAGCGGCCUUGCUAUACGCACCGCUAGCCAUACACGUGUCUUGCAAGAAGGAAACGGCCGACGACGAGACGCCGCAAAAGGAAAUUGAGUCGACAAGAAUGUAGUAUAAUGCAGCUAGAACAAAAGACAAGAAACGCAAGGUGCUUUACGUGGCCCCUUCGAAGGCGUUGAAGUUCCAUCGCUAAGUGCGCGUGCCCAUUUGGCUUCCGUGGCAGACAUGCAUCAACUGCUACUGUAGCACAAUGUUGCUAAUUGAUUGCGGAUGUGCACGAGCAAACAGCAACAGCAGCCUAUGAGAGCACUAAUUAUGUUCGUUGUAUAAUUUUUAGCAUGCGCGUCGUUUCUAAUCUUCAUUCAAAAUUCGCGCACAUAAUCCAGUUUUGGGGAUGUUGACUCUAGACAAGCGCCAGGGGUGCACGAUCAAGCAGUAAUGCUAGGAGCCUAAUGUUUGCCUUUUUAAAGCGAAAGCCUAUUCUAACCUAGUCGAGCCGAGUUUCACCGUCACCAGCAGUUUGGCCUUCAUUUGACCGCAGCUGCGCCGUAGACUUGGCGACGCAUCACGUGACUCGCCGGGCCGAGCUCCGCCGCCGCCGGCUUAGCGCACGCGCUCUCCACACAACCCUACGCAAAGAGCAGCGCCGCGCUCGCCUAGUCAGUGUAAGCUUGGCCAUGGAUGAGGGCAAGGCCAGGCCAUUUUCUCUGAGCGUUGCGCGAGAGCAGGAGGCUUUGAGCCGACGUCACCACGCGGCAUCUGACCACCCCGCGGAUAUCGACCGGUGAGCUGCUUCACUGGAGUGCUUCACUUGAAUGCAGCAGGCGGUGCGACGCCUGUUGCAUUCAGGACAGGGUCCGGAAUGCAACAGGUGUCGCACCGUCGAGAUCAAUGUAGCGACCGCGAUCGCACCCGGUGCGUUUGUGCUUCGACGCUGCGCAUGUUCGCGGCGUAUCUUUGCAUGUCUAGCACUUGCGCUUUCGCUGCAGCACAACAGACAUCGCACCUUCGAACGAUGCGUGUCUACCCAAGCCUGAUCAGAGUCAUGUCUAGCCACCGACCUAGGCACAGCUGUCAUACCUGGCUUAACGAUGAUUGUAUACCUAGGUGAAAUAGUUACAACUAAAUGAAAGGUUCACCAAGUGAAACCAAGAAUUAACCAGGCUAAAGCAAGAUUUCGCUUUGCAUAUCCAGGGGUUACCCGAGCUAAGCCGCUACCCCUUUGUCACAACGCUUCCUGUUCCUUAACUGUUCACUUGCUGCACACACUGCCUGCCGCGUAGAGGAUAAACAUGUUCACUGUCUUUUCCAUAGAUCUGUGGGUACAAACUACUUUAGUUUCCUAGGCUGCGCUACAUUUUCGCCUUCAAUUGACGUCACAUAAUGGUACCGUUCUGUAAGCAAUCAACUUUAUCUCAAAGCAUAUUACCUAAAAGCUUGGACUUCCUCUCUGAGCUUCACGUUAAAGCAUCAGCGCUGCAACAUGUUUAUUAUUUAUUGCAAUGACUCACAUAGCCGAAUGUCAUUCUCGUAGACAAGAGCACGCCAUUUUCAUUAUUCCAUUGCGGUAGCUGAGGGUGCGCAAUAUUAUAGGCCAGCACCAGCGCGUAGAGCACGGAGGAAGAAAGUAAUUAGGAGUGGGACUUGAGUGUGGUGACAUCGAUGGAAUUCGGAUGUGCAAUGAGAGCAGAAGUGAAGCUGACAAGUGUUACUGAAGCGAAAGAGUAUCUGGUGCGCGUCAAAGAAACGAACAGCCCAAUGACAGUGAGGACACUGUGUAUUAAUCGCAGUGGGGCAUAUGCGAGUGUAAAGGCCUUCAUGAUGAGCGGUCGACACCUUCCGGUUUCGGUGUACAUGGCAGUGGUGGAGAACUCCAUGCGGGGAUUCAUUUACAAUCCUUAUGACGAACGCCCGAUUGAAGACAUUUGGGCCGAAUUUCUGAAUAACGUUGAAGGCAUUGAAACUCUAGAUGCAAGACCUUUGACCAAGUCGAAAGUGAUUCAGGUCACGCUUGGGGAAAACGUGUUCUCUGGCAAGUCACUUACUAGAAGUGUCUGUACGCUGUGAUUACUUAUAGAGAGUUAGUAGAGACCUGUUACAACUGCAGAAGGGUUGGACACUCAGAUGACGCUUGUUAUCCGAAGAAUAAUCUAUGUCAUCGUUGCGCGAAAUACCAUAACCUUGCACCGCCGGAAGGAAACUCGCUGAUGUGCAUGCAGAAUAGCAUUUUGUGCCAUGUUGCGCACAGCACGGGGAACCGGAGCUGCAAGUUUAGUCUAGCCCGCAAGCAGCUUACCGGCCGGCAGCAGAACAGCGAAACGCAGAGCCAAGCUGGCAAGGACGAGCGACGCUCGAGGCCCUGGGAGUGGUCGUCGAGCGGUUAAAAGGCGGAAACAAUAGCAGAGACGGGUCGGAUUCCUACCCGUCACUGCCAAGAGCCGGCGGUAGCAGAGGAGGAGGACGAGGUUGCACUCAUAAAAGAAGUGCAAGCGCAUGACAAAAACGUGAGCUGGCCAACCGCAAACUCCCAGGUCGAGACUGCUGGAGAGAAGGAGAUUAAAAGGCACGUGCAGCAGCUAGGCGAGACGAUUAAAAAAGUGAAGCCAGAAUGGCAACCACAGAGUGCGCGCUUAAAAGUGGAAAAGUACAUGGGGUACAGAUACUGAUGGUGCAGGUCCCACAGAAAGUGCCGCGCGCGGCGUCUUCUCGCGUGCAGGAAAGCGCGGCUCUGGAAGUGGAGGAUAGGGGGUCAGUCAAGAGGCCGCCGCCGGCGGAUGAGGGAGCUAAUGCAAUGAGAGUGGCAGAGACAUCGACGGCGGGCACGCCGCACUAGGUGGUUAAAGCACUAGUCUUAAGGCAGACAUGGCUAUCCUGGCAGACAGAGUAGGGAAACUCGAAGAAAGACAGGAUAGAUUGGAGGUUCGGGUCGAUAGGAUUGAGGGGGCGUAUCAGGCGCCUUCACCGCCACGCUAGCCCACAGCAACACCUUUGCAAUUCUGCAUACCAUGGAUAGUAGCAGGGAGGACUACAUCUUGCUAGAGAUUGUGCACAAAUGAAAGGCCUCUUUGUACCUAAUGUCCAUUGUUCUCCAAAAGAUAAGGGGUUCGGCUUGUCACAGCUCCUGAUAAAGACCCAACGACUAGCGUCUAACUCUCACCUCAUCGUGAUGGGGGGCAUAAAUGCGUCUCAUUCGGAAUGGGGUCACAUUAUACGCAGCCCAAAGGGCAAUCAGCUUUAGCAGGUAGCCGAGGACUAGUGUUGGACAAUCUUUAAAAACCCGUUAGAUCAUAGGAGGAUAGGCAACAGCGUAAGCAUGGAUACCUCUCCAGACCUCACGUCUCUGAAGGGUCCGGGAUGCAAAAUGGGUGAACACGGGAUAGAUACUGGGAUGUGAUCACCAUAUCUCUCACAGUGUUACUGCUGCGAAGCAGAAAGACAAGGUGAAGAGCCUAAAGUGAGGAUUGGGCAGAUUUUGGGAAGCCACGGGGAACGGGGAAAUUGAGGACCUAGAAGACUGGGUCCAGGCGCUCAGGCGGGAUGUAUAGGGUACCCCGGAAGAGCUUCCGAUGGGGGAAGAGGGCUUUACGGCGGACUCUAGGCUGUUACACAUAUGGGAAGGGCACGCAUGUCUCCUGAGGACGUGGAAGAAACAAAAACAUAAUAGGAUCCUCCAUAGAAGGAUGGCCAAAUUAGCACGGGAAAUGGAAACUCGCACGUUGUACUUGCCGUGGAAGCAGUGGGGACAGAUUUGUGUUCGGAUGAAUGGCCAAUUCGGAUAGAGAAAGACAUGGAAGUUGUUGAGGCAUGGCAACCAAUUCCGCGCGUAGGGAGCAAAUGGCUGGAUUAGUGCAUCAGCAUCAAGGCACGAUUAGAGAAUUUAAACUGGAACUUCGGGAUCACUACAUAAACAGCAGGACAGGCGAUUGCUUGCCGCACUACACGUGGGAGGAAAACUGAGAAAUAGAUGAGGACUUUACUGUGGUGGAGGUAAAGUUUUCCAUGGGGCAGCUCCGUAUUACGUGGGCAGCGGGUCCACACCAAGUUACUGACAAAAUGGUAAAGAACCUGGAUUUCAAGUCGGUGGGGGCGCUCAUGAACUUGAUGAACAAAUAUUGGGCGGGCGGGGAGAUCGCGGCACAGUGGAAGCAUGCUAGGCUUGCAUUUACUCCUAAGCCAGGCAAGCAACUCUGUAUAAUAAUCGCCACCCCAUCUCGCUCACGAUCUGUGUUGGCAAAUCGAUGGAGCACAUGGUCCUCAACAGCUUAAGGGUUGGAAGACAAGGAGUUUAUGCCUGCAAUGAUGACUGGCCACGGCAUAUGUAAACUGCUAGCGAAGCUUCCAGAGAAGCCCACAUGUCAAGAAAAUGGGGCUCGUUGUAACUGUCGCCUUCUACGUAUCGUGGGGACAACUAACAGCAAGCAAAAAAUAUAACAUAAAAAAGUGACGUCACAACCGGAAAUGGCAGUGACGUCAAGAUCUUACGCUGCUGGGCGCGAAGGUUUGUAUUUCUUUAGCGUCCUUUAUUACGGCCUAUACGAAAGCGGUUACUUUUAUUUUGAGGCUGAAGUGAGCAUGCGACUUGCCUCAGCUGAAACGCCAGCGUGUCCUUUAACUAUUAAGAGUGGCGUAUGUCUUCAUGUGAACGUAGUUAGGCUGUUAUUGACGGCAAUUGCUCCAGUAGCUUCCUCAGGAAGGUGAGCGAAUAGGAUGGAAAUAAAUGACACUGCCAAAGAGCU